AUGAAAGACAGAUCUGGGGUUUGGUAUCACUUCGACAAAGAGGAAACGAGUAAGGGGCUAAAGGUAGUCUGCAAGUAUUGCAAGACGGGGUAUAAUUGUGACCCUAAAAAGAAUGGAACCAGCCCUUUGUGGGCUCAUAUCUCUAAAUGUCGUAAGUAUCCCUAUGCUACUCCAAAAGAAUCCAAGCAAAGCUUACUUUCUUUUCAAAAUGGUAGUAAUAAAGCAUGUGGAGGUAUUAGUGGUUUGACUUAUCAGAAAUUUGACCCUGUUAGCAUUAGAAAAGCACUAUCUUUUAUGGUAAUUGUUGAUGAACUGCCUUUCAAGUUUGUUGAGGGUCAAGGUUUUAAGUAUUUCUGUAGUGUUAUGGAACCUAGGUUUCAUUACCUUCUAUACAAACUGUAG